AUGUUCAGCGAAAUCUUCUUAUUCAUUCUGGCAGUCAUUGUGAAUGCGCUCUGCCUAUUCACUGAGGUCUACUUCAGUAUCAGCUUCUCCGAUUUGGAAUGCGAUUACAUCAACCCAAUUGAGUUGUGCAACAAAUUGAACCGUUAUAUUGUUCCAAAGGCUGCUGUGCACGGCGUCUUGUCCAUACUAUUUUUGCUAAAUGGCUACUGGUUUGUUUUCCUCUUGAACCUGCCUCUCUUGGCGUUCAACGCAGAGAAGAUCUACAGAAAGAACCACUUGCUAGAUGCCACUGAGAUCUUCAGAACAUUGGGCAAAAACAAGAAAGAGUCGUUCAUCAAGCUUGCCUUCUUCCUACUCAUGUUCUUCUUCUACCUUUACAGAAUGAUCGCCGCAUUGAUUGCAGACGACUGGGAGUAG